CCUCGCCCCGGCGCUGCUGCCUUGCCUUGGUCACUCGCUCUGCGCCGCGGCUCUUCCUCGCGGAGCGAAACUUUGCGCCCCGGGUUGUGGCAGGGACCGUGGGGUAAGUCGUUGCAUCCGGCGAGCUCGUGUUGGACAGGCGAGGCUUCUGCCUGGGAUUUGCGGGGGUGCUGCCGUGUUGCCUCCGUCUCCGGCCAGUUCUCCCCACCGCGGGCUGUCAGUGCUCUCCCUGGCUCUCCCGGAGGUGGUGUUACUGCAGCUGUGGGUGCCAGCUGUGCAGGACGUACCUCAUUUAUUAGACCCAAGUGCCUGCCAUUCUUGACAGCUCCCAGGUGAACACCUCAAGAAGCCCUGGUUUCCUGUCUGCCCUCCAAGCAUCAAGACAAUGAUUCCUCCAGGGGACUGCCUAUAUGCUGGGAGAAAAAGGAGGAAACCCAUUCAAAAACAAAGGCCUGCAGUUGGGAAUGAAAAAUCUAAUCCUUCAAAGAGACACAGGGACCGUCUGAAUGCGGAACUAGACCAUCUGGCCAGCCUCCUGCCUUUUCCACCUGAUAUUAUAUCUAAGCUGGACAAACUUUCUGUGUUGCGCCUUAGCGUCAGCUAUCUCCGAGUGAAAAGUUUCUUUCAAGCCAUUCAAGAAAAGCACUUUAAGAAGCAAGGUGAUCAAACAAUAAAAGAAGACAAUAUAUCUAACAAGACUGCUGUACAAGAAGGUGGACUUCUACUAGAAUCACUGAAUGGUUUUGUAUUGGUGGUGAGUGCAGAGGGAAUGAUAUUUUAUGCAUCAUCAACUAUUGUGGACUAUCUAGGCUUUCAUCAGACUGAUGUAAUGCACCAAAACAUAUAUGAUUACAUUCAUGUGGAUGAUCGCCAGGAUUUCUGUAGACAACUACACUGGGCCAUGAACCCUCCCCAGAUGUUAUCUGGACAGCAAUUACAGACAGAAACAGGAGAAGAAUAUAUUCUCAGUAAAUUGUUUAAAGCACAAGAGAAUGACAGCAUGACAACAGAUUAUUCUUCCUUCUUAACUCGUUGUUUCAUCUGUCGAGUUCGGUGCUUGUUGGACAGUACUUCUGGCUUCCUUACAAUGCAGUUUCAAGGCAAACUAAAGUUUCUUUUUGGACAAAGGAAGAAGUCCUCAUCAGGAACAGUAUUACCACCUCAGUUGUCCUUAUUCUGCAUAGUGGUACCACUUCUUCUGCCUUCUGUGACAGAGAUGAAGAUGAAAAGCCUGCUUCUGAAAGCAAAACACAAAGCUGAUGAUGCAGCAGGAGUGAAUACAAACUGCAGUUCAAAAGCUAAUUCAGGUCUGUGUGAAGCAGCAGAAUUAUAUGGAAGAAACAGUCAUCAUGAAGGUGCAGCUUUCCCUAAUGUGUUACAGAGUGCUGAAAACCAAAUCAAAGCAAGGAAUAAUGGAGAAAAUGGCAUUUCUCUAGUCAAAGUACAAACAAAUGAAGAUCACUGGGUCUGGGUUCAAGCUAACACUCAGCUUCUGUAUCGAAGCGGUUGUUCAGAGUAUGUCCUUGCCCAACAGCAAAUGUUGAAGGAAGAAGAUAAGCAACUGAAGAUACCAAGCAGUUUUGCCAGUUUGAAAGGAAACCUGGAAGGACUUUCUUAUAACAGUGCCAUUGAGACGCUGGGCCAAUUGAAGCAUCUUAACUGGACAGCAGUAAAAAAUGAACAAGAUAAUGUAAAAGUGAAGUUUGAACCUAAUACAAAUGAUGAGUGUUUUAUGCUAGAGGAACCUCUCAGUUCUAAUACAUCAGCUUUAGGUGUUCAAAACAACUGCACCACAAACAGCAGUUGGACUCUAAGAAACUCAAGCUCUUGUUCUAUAAAUCACAGAAUGAAUGAAUGUUCAAACAGAAGGGUUGGAUCAUUCUAUAACAGAGACCAAAGUUUCUUAAGUUUCACAUCAACUUGCCCUUCCUACUGGGGGAGUGCAGAAAGCUGCCAGUCUUACUCAGGCUUACAACAACGAUCUAUGGAGAACUGUCCUACAGAUCUUCUGAAAUUACAGAGAUCAUUAAUAUCCUCAGAGUCUCCCUGUGAUGCAGUGUUUCCACUGGAUAUGCCUAUCAAAACAGAGUAUGAUUCUGAUUCUGAAAACAUUGCUGAUAACUACUUGACAUCACAAAGUCGAGCCUGGUUGGAUGAGAAUGGCACAGUGAGAAAGCAGCUGUUUAGUUAUCCCAAUAUAGUGCACCUUAAAACAGAACCGGAUCUCUGUGAGCAAGUUUCACCUUGUCAGAAACCAAGGCACUGUGUUUAUACACAACAUAAUUGGCAAUGCAUUGUAACAAAUCAUCCCAACAACUUAAAUCUGAACAGAUCUUGCAAGGGCUUAUGGAGCAAGGAGAUGGCUCCAUUUUGCCCUCCGAACUCUGCAUGUUUGGAAGGCUUGCCCGACUUAUCACAUACCGAAUGCUACAAUCAGUUCUCUAGCCCAAAUUCAGUGGAAGAGAAAGAGCAGAAUAAUGAGAUUUUUAAAAUGCAAUGCGAAUUCAAAAAUCCCUGCUUGGUUCAAGCAAUCAAGCGUGAGCCCCUGGAUUCUCCACCAUUGUCCGAUAAUGGACAGAAUGGAGUACGUAUGAACUUCUCUGAAAAUACAUUAGCAGGUCCUGUGCCUCAUAAAACAACUGAAUGUACAUUUUUACAAUAGAUUUUAUAACAUUUGAAAUAUUUAUAACGUUAAAACAAGAAGUUGUAGAUUCUCUUCCAGUUGGGUUACAUGAGUUACUAAAAUUUAAAAGCCAGUGGAAGGGUUUUACUUAUGUGUGUGCAUGUGUGUAUAUGUAAAAAAUACACACACGCACACACACCCCCUUACGCACUGCCAUUCUCUUAGUGAUCUUUGGAAAGACUGAGACAUAAAACCUCAGAUACAGAAAAAUAAUCAUUAAUCAUUGUACAGGUGUACCUGCUAAUUUGCCUUUAUCAUGCUCUUUCUCUUGUCUACAGUCAAUCUGAAUUUCUUUACAAGGUCUAGUUAUUUCCAUUUCUUGCCUUUGUUCUACCCCCACCAAAGCUGAUGUGAUGCCUCUGUGCAAAGACAAAAUGUUUAUGGUCUUCUAUGUGGCCAGGAGUUUCCUUAGGAGUCUUUGCGUUUGUAUUUGUAACUACUCUGAUAAGAAGCAUCAGCUAUUCCUUUAUCUCAACAUAGUCAGAACAGGUAAGGGUUUCCCAAAUACAACUUCUUAAUUUGAAAGAUUAGCAUUAAUUUAAAAUCAAGUAAUUUUCAUAAAAUGAAUUGGAAGUUAUUUCAGAUACUGAAGUUUUUCCCUAGUUUCCCUGACAAUAGUAAUGUUUUAGUAAACAUAUGUUUCCAUUUUAAAGCUAUUGGCCUUUCAUGUUGCUGUUUGAGAGACCAAAUAAUGGGGUGUUAUCCACUUUUAUAAAUGAGUUACAAAGUGCUGUUAAAUAUACAUGAGAAGAAAAUAUUUCCCGAAUUAUUUUUCUUCCUUUUACUUGUAACAGUAACAAAGGAAAUGCACUUUUCUAUUUGAUGGUAUCUCUUGGAGUGAUAGCCUGUUAGUUAAUCACUGUCACCUGACAUCAAAAGUCCCACACUAAAAUUAGGUAUUUUUAAAAGCUUCCCACUUGCAGUCCCCAAAGAAAAUGUUAACCUCACUAAAAGCCAACUGGAUGUAACCAUAUUGAUGCUUUUGAAAACAGAUCCAUGUUUUCCUUUGUACCUAGACAGCAAUGUAAUUCUGCUGAGAGCCCCUCCCCCCCCAGACUUCUGUUAUGUUUUUGUUGUUUAACUCCUGCACUAACUUUUGUUUUAAAAUUGCACUAUUUCAACUUCACAUCACCUUCACAUAUAUAAAAAACACAUUUUAAAAAAGCUUAGAUGUAUAUGUGCUUUUUAAAAGAAGGCGUUUAGUGAAUGUUUUCAUUUUCAAAAUGUUAUAAGUAAUUAUAAUGUAUUCAUUUUUGUAUUUACUACCCACUGAGGGCAUGGCUUUACAUGCCAGCAGAGUGGCAUAAACUUCUCCUUAAUGCUACAAGUAUAUGGGAUAAGCACAGUUUUCAGGCAGGGGAGCAGUUAUGUGGUAGCAGAGGGAGUGGCACUCAGGAGGCUGCUCUUCUCCAAGACUGUUGUCUGUCUUUGAUAGAGGUUACUGCCUGUACAUUAGAGUUUGCAGAAAUAUAUACUUUCCCUGCAUGUCAGUUAAGUGCUUAUGAACAACAGUUUAAUCUGAAAUACUACAUUUUACACUGAAAUGGUUGAGAUAACUUACACACGUACCUUUUGAUAAGUGUCCUGCAGAAAUUCCCUGCAAAAAGGCAAGAGUGGACAGCAAGGUUAAUAACAUCGUACGGUAGCUCAGAUCUGCCCUAGUUCAUCUGACCAUAACUAACCCAUGAGAAAGUCUUGUUUCUGUCUGAGGUAAAUCUACUGCCUGUUGGCUACAUGUUGCUUCUUACUUGAGACAGGCUUCAUAUUCUUCUCCUGAUACGCUUACCAGUAGCUAUCAUGUAACAUCAGACCCCUUUCAGAGAUGAGACUGUGAGAGUGAAAUUUACACUGCAAGUUGGUCUGUCAGUGUUCAUGUUACAUAAAUUUAAUUAAGCUCAACCACACAAAUAGUUCUGGGCAAGCAAAUUGGAUACCACUGUAGGCUAAGACUGUCAUAAAUCAGUGGCGCUGCAAAAUCUCUCUGUUGAUCCAUUAUCUACAAAAAUAAGAGCAGUAGUUCCUUUUAGACUCUCGCAGACUAGCUCUUUCAGGCCAUAGUUCAACAUUCAGCAACAGCAGUGCUUAUUUCUCUGUGCCAUACCAUCUUCUGUGACAGCACAGGACCUUGUAGGGUUGUGUCGUGAAUCUUACUACAUUCCGCAAUCCAGUUGCUGUGCAGCUACACGCGUGUGCUAGCCCAGCAGAGGUGUAUAGUGUGGAGUCAGUGUACCAUGGGAAUAGAUGGCUGGGGUCAAGUGGAGGACAUGCCAACAUGACUGCUAAAACGCUGUUCAUUUAAUUACUCUUGGACUCACUGUGAUACCCCUCUGAAUUAGAGUGCCUGGGCCUGGUUUAGCAGGCCUGCUGUAGUCAUUUACAUAUAAAUGUAAAUUUACAAUAAAACACUACCAUCUUCAUCAGGAAAUGCUGAUGCCAUUUCGCACAGAUAUAAAUGAUCAUACCAGGUGCAACUUAGUAAAGGACUGUGCCACUGAAUUUCUUAUCUGUGCAUGAAAGUACUUCCUGGCAUAACUACAGUGGGAGAACUAUACCAGCAAGUCUUCUCUCUCCAGUGCAGAGGUAGCUUACACUAACAACAGAAGCUCUUUAAAGAUCUUUCCUAUACAGAAAAAAGACUGUUUUGUUGACAUAACGCCAUCUACUCUAAGGCUUUUUUUGGUAUAUGUCAGUUGGAGUGAUUUUUCUCAUGCUCCCAACAAAACCAGCCAUGUUUUCCACAUUUCAAUCUGUACGGGCUGCUGAAGUUUUUGCAUGAAAGGGAAUCUAAUCUGCUAUAUGAGAUGUAACCUCCUUCUAGGAGGAUGAAUGAAUGUAUAGCUAAAAACGAGAUGUCAUCUGCUGGCUACUGCCUGUGUAAAUGUACUCAAGUUAGCUUCCUUAUGUUUCCAUAAAAUCUGAAUCCAAGAAAAAUACAAGGUAAUUUAUCUUAUGCAUCACACUUGAAUUUGCUCCAUUUAUUUUGCUGCCAAGUUUUAUCGUCAUAUGAAAAAAAUAUGUUAUUUAUCAAUGGAAUUCCUUCUAAUCUAAGUUAUGACACACAUGCAACAGUCAUCUAAGAACUGGGUUUAUGAAAAGAUUGGCAGCUUAUCCUCUUUUUGGACAAAAACUAACCACUGCUGCUGGUAAACAAAGAUCAGUUCCUUGUAAGCACUUGGUAUAUUGCACCACUUGGAAAGAACAGAGAAAAUGAAAGCAAAAAAGAAUCUCUUGUUAUCUGUUUUUAAUACACAGAAGUAAUUCCUUCAUUCUCACAUUUUUCCUUGCCCCGAACGUGCCCUGGAUUGAGUCUGGACUGAUAUAUGACCUUGUGUUGUACUCUGUUAAAUUGUCACUGAUUGAAUCUCUUAAAACCUUUUUGUAUGCAGACAUUAAUGAACUCAUGAAAACUGAUCAGUAAAUAGCAUGAAAGGCAGAGCAGUUGUUUUAAAUUGUUACUUUUUCCUAAUGGUUGUUGUUGCUUUGGUAUUAUUUAAAAAACCUUCAAAACAGAGAAGUAGGGUUUAAGAUGUUUUCAAUCAGUGGUGCUUAGCUUUUACACUUAAUGAGCUGGUAUGUGCCUCCCCCAAGCACUACCCUAAAGUCUGUUUUAGGAGCCUCCCAAUGUAUUUAUUUUAACAACAGUGAAAAAAAAAAUCUUCUUGCAGAAGCAAAGCCUAGUCAAAUGCUCGCCUAAUUCGAACUCGGAGUAUUCAGGCUAAAGGAAAUGCCUUUCUUUUUCCAGUGUGUGCCUGAUACUUUGUAAUACCUGACUGAUGAUAGCUUUCAGACUUCUUAAGCUAUGAACUCUCCAGAGGUUGAGACAGUAUUAACUCCUUAAUUUGGAGUUUUAGUUUGAUUUUUUUUUUUUUUGGUAUGAAAGGUGAACAGUUCUAAAAUCCCUGAAAGUGUGUGUCGCUCUAAGAGUUACUUAAUCCACAAACAACAGAGACUAUCAUCAGUGCUAAAGCUUGUUUAAGGCCUUGUCUUCACUGAGAAUUUGGCCUAAUUUUAGCUGUCAGUGGACACCAUACAAGUGCCAGUCCAAAUGAGGUACACCAUUGUAAGCCGUUAUUUUUACCUGGGAGCCUGUCCUGAUCUGGGCGAGGGGUAAACUUGUGCAGUACAAAGAGUGGAUUUUCCUUCUUCCUCUAAGGUUGGUGAGAUGCAGUUAUGCCAGUGGCUGAAACUGGGGCAGCUCUCCAUUGUAGAUAACACUAUCAAUAAUAUAUUUGUACUUUAGACUUUUUGGACACCAAAAUAGAGUAUUCUUUUGAAAUUCUGGAGUGUGGGCAGCAGUGUGCGAGGCGUGGGCUGGUUUUGGUUGGUCCUCAGUUUGCAGAUUUAAAUAGUGAAAUGGGAGAUCAAAGGACUGUCCCUAAAUUCUUUGUAGGAAAUACUUACUUCCUACUACCUGAUUGUAACAUGGUAAUGCAAAGUAUAUAUCUAUAUUUUAAUUGUCCUUCAUUAGAAUACAAUGAUGCAUUCUUAAAAUCCUUAGAACUCAGACUCCUCUGGAUGGCAUAGGGAGGUCUGACAUUUAUGCCUCAGUAAAUUCAUUAAGACCUUUGGUGCUGAACUUUGAUAUGGUAUUGAGAUUGACAGGGCAUGUGCAAUUGAUAUUCCUAGUGCUUAAAAUAUUUAGGUGGAGGGCACCAAGCCUGAGGCAAGGAAUAUUCUGUGGGAUAAAAUCUGCUUCUGCUGUCUAGAAGCCUUUCUUAACUCCUUGUGUUGAAGCCAUAUUGGAACUUAAGGAAGACAACCUCACCCAUUGUAGUUAUUUUACAAAAGUUAUUAAUUUGUCUUAACAAUUUAUGAUGUUUCAACUGAAAUAGUUAAAAGGCCUAAUUUUCUCUGUCUAUGAAUGCCUACAUUGCCUUAGGAAGAGGAGAAAAGAAUAGCGUUCUCAUUUUCCUUCAUGAGAGUGUCAUGUAACUAAAACACCCCAACUCAGAAAGAUGGAGGAAUAGAGUCUUUGGAGUAUUUUUUUCUUCUACCUUUUUUUUUCCUGUUCUAUUCUCCUCCUUUGUUUCUGUUCACUGGCUUGAACAUUCAAAAUGGAAAGAAAAGACUCUUCUGAUUACAUGGACACAAAAAAACUAAACCAGAUUGUAGAAAACUUCACACUAGAAGCCCUGGAGUUUCUUCCUCCCUUUUAAUCCUUGCAAAGUGCUAUGUGAAAUCAUGUCACAAGUGAUGCAGACUUCUGUAACAUGCACACCCUGAAAGAAAAGAGAUUUGCAAGGUGGCCAAGCUCAGGUUGUAAUCACAAGAUUUUCAUUUAGCUGAAGGAGACUCAUGCAAGGGGGCUAUAACUGGCUUAUGUUCAUGGUCACUACCAUGCUGAUAAAUAUGUUUUUGUACUUUGAAUACACACGGCAUAUGCUCUUGUCCUUAUAAAUAUGUUGGCUUUACUCCUAUAAAUUUUUUCUCAGAUACCUUUACAUCUGAAGUAAGUAUAUAUGACCAACAACUUUUCUGGUUAUAUUGAAUGCACACUGAUAAAAAAAAGAAAGUGUUACCAUAUUACAAAUGUUACACAGUUGCAAAUUAUGUCAGGAAAUAAACAGGGAUGGAUUCCAGUUUCUUUAAAUUUAGUUUGAAUUUAGGUAUAAAUUUAAAUUUCGUUUGAAAUGUAUAUUUAAGUUAAUAGUACUGAACAAAAUCAUCAGUGAUCUGCUGAAAACAAUAUUAAAAACACAAAGUACUACUUUUUUGGUUUUUUAAAAACCAUAUGGAGAUCAGUGCACUUGUCUGUGUUUUGGCUUUUUUUGGGUGGAGGGUU